GGGUUGAAUAUACUGAAUGCUGGGAGUUGAAUACGGAAUGCUGGGAGUUGAAUACGGAAUGCUGGGAGUUGAAUAUACUGAAUGCUGGGAAUUGAAUACGGAAUGGCUGCAUAAGUACAAAUUGAGGGAAUAUACCAUGUAUGAUGUCAAACCGGGGGAAUAUGGUGUUUUUUUAAAAAGAAGCCAGAGAAAGUGUAUCAUCUAGUUUUGUUCGAUCACUGAGUUGUUAUUUUUUACUUACAGCCGCCUACGCAAUAUUACUUUGUAAAAAACUUUAUUGCUUGGUUGGUGUUACAUACUUAACAGUAAAAAUAUUUUUUUUAAUUUAAAAUUCUUUUUAAUUUUUUUUUUAGUUAACGAUGCGUAAAAUACACGUGACACAUAUGUUGGUUACCAUGGUAAUAUACUGGCUUGCAUGUAUUAUGGGUUCGUCACAAUUUUCACAAAACUCACCCAACGAUAGAAAAACCAGUUUAAAUGCAUCUAACACAACGACGGAGAGCGAGGAAAAUCAUUUUAAAGUUUUUCAACGCAUCUUGGAGAGCGAAGAAUACGAUCGUAGACUUCGACCGGGUGUAUUUCGAGAACCUUUAAAAAUUGCAGUGACGCUUAUCAUUCACGCACUUGGACCUGUUAAUGAAAAGAAAUUUACCGUGGGAACAGAUUUAUAUUUGUCACAAGCAUGGACCGAUGACCGGUUAGUAUUCGAUCCGGACCACCCGGGUCGAUACAUCCAAUUAAUUGGAGAUGACUGUGAUACAGUCUGGACGCCGGACUUACAUUUUACAAACUCCCGUUCUGGCACUAGACAUUUAAUAUCAAAGGAAAAUAAAGUUUUAUUUGUCUUUGGAAAUGGCUUUGUUGUCAACGGUCAGCGGUAAGUAAUGCGUGGUCGGCGAUAAGAAACCGUAGUCAUAGCAACAAUUGCGCGUAUCAUAUUUACUCGGAGCACUUCCACCCUGAUUAAACGUACAAUGUGGCACUCAACCGUGAUCCCAGGGCUUCUUAUCAGUCUUGUAUAUCAUCAGAACUUAUGAAAGCUUAUGGAAAUACUUAGGAAAUAUUCCCUGUACGUAUAUUCUAAUUCAGUCUGGACGCCGCAUGGUUGGUGGUAUGCAGAUUAAUAGGAACCUUUUUCUUUUUUUUAGUUUUGCGUUGGAUUUUUUGUGCAAACUUAAUCUGUAUUACUAUCCUAAAGAUAAACAAAACUGCACUCUUCAACUCGAAAGUUGUAAGUUCUGUUUCAUAGUUUACUAAAUGCUCCGCUAUCUAUUUUCUUUAUGAACUGCGCUAGUAUCAAUUUUUUUUCUAGAGCGUCCUGCUCGGAAAAACAAUGCAUUUUUGACUUCCAGAGGCCUUGCCAAUAAACAUAUUAUUUCUUCUUCUUUAUAGAUGGCUAUCCCACGUCGGAUUUGAUAGUGGAGUGGUUCCAAGUACCAAAACCAGUUGCUAUUCUUGAAGAAGGAAUGCCAAUAGCUGGUUUUCUUCUGGAGAAAUUGGUUACCAGAAACUACACUAGACGCUACUUUAACUCUUCCCAUACGAUGAAUCAAUAUUCUUGUCUCGAGGUUGAUUUUCAUUUAUCAAGAACAUUCACCUAUUACCUGUUCAACGUGUAUGCUCCCUCCAUCUUGCUAGUUGCGAUGACGUAUGCAUCUUUCUUCAUUCCGCCAGGAGCCAUCCCAGGAAGAAUUAGCUUGAUAGUUACCAAUCUACUUUCUACCAUGUUGAUUUUUCAAAACUCAACCCUGGAAUUGAAUAAACUCGAUUACCGAACUUACCUCGAUUAUUUUUUCUUGGUGGACAUUUUAUUUAUUUUAUCGACAAUGGCGGAGUACAUAUGCAUUUUGUUCUUAAAAGAGUAUAAUAUGAAGCGUUCGAAAGCUCGCAAAAACAGUUUCUGCAACGCCAGUUUUAACAAUCAUCAGUCUACUUUGCAAGGAAAUACACGUUCGACAUAUCGCAGGCUACCAUUAUUAAAAUUUAAUAUGGCGGAUAAUAGUGGGAUGAAUUCUCCGCGUGAAAAGCAUUGCUGCACGACUAAUCGAGGCGAAAGUUUUCACCAUGAAGAAUUGUUAUGUGUGUUGACUGUGGACACGAUAGCGAGAGCAGUGUUCCCUGUACUCUACUGUGGAUUUUUAGGUGUUUAUGCGUAUUAUAUUUCUUAUUCAUGAAUACCAAAUGCACUUUCCUUAAAGACGGAUUAUCACUUAGCAUUUUGUGUUCAGUAUUAGGGCAUGAGCAUUGAGAUUUUUAGAAUACGGUGCCAACUCAGUAGUAUUAAAGGUCGAGAUAAUCUAACUUCCCAAGCUUUUACAACUAAUUUCUCUUUCGACAACAAAUAAAAAUCGAGCAUUUUAGCGUUUAUAUCUAAACACGAGGAGCUGCAGCCAAGAACUCUGUCAGUGUCAUCAAAUUGUAGGUUUUGUCUUUGUUUUUGAAGAUUCUUUUU